AGGGUUCCAAAAACUUCUUGUCUCUUGCCACAUCCAAUCUCCUGUCGACUCGUCAUCUUCAGAGUCUCCAGAAAAGCUCAGUUAUUCUUCAAAUCGGGUGUACUGCGAAACAGUCGUUCAAGCUAUCAACCGUGCUGUUAGCCAGCCAUGGGCGCAUCCUCGAUGGAAAAGGUCAUGCGACUACCUGAACUACUCGCGUACAUUAUUGAAAUCUUGCGGAAGGACCGAGCUGCGUUGUUGGCAUGCUCACUGACGUGCUCGACGUGGCAUGCCGCAAGUCGACCAUACAUAUACUAUUCUAUCUCACUCGACUCAUAUGCAAAAUGCACGAAGCUUCAAAUCCUCAUAGACGAACUCCCUAUUAUCGGACGCUGGGUACGGAAACUCAAGAUUGUAGGUCACUACAACGAUCUCGGUUGGAUUCCGACGUUCCCUCUGGUGCUUUGUGACCAGUUACGUCGUCUACACACUAUCACGUUCCAGAACGUCCGUUUUUCACAGCUCUACCUCGAUCCUGAAUGGGUUACUGCUUCGGGCUUUGCCUACUUCAGACGUCUUCGGACGCUGAAGUUUCUGGAUGGAUGUCAACUCAAGGAUCCAGAGCUUCGCUCGAUCAUUUGUUCAGUCCGGAAUCUGCGUAACCUUACUCUCGACGGAGUUAUCCUUCGAGCUGCCCCACAGGAGUCCUUUAGCCAGCUCUUUACUCCCAACGUGACGAGCGUCCGCAUUGGUUUGUUUUGCGAUUUAGCGAACAAUGGCUUUGAUACAUGGUUGACGAAUGCUGGUUCCUCACACCACAUUCGCUCGCUUGUCCUUCAAGUACCUGCCUUUGGGUCCAGUAUGGAUUGGCGGGCGUUCGGCCCUGCACUCGAAUCGUUGGCCAUAUAUGAUUCUCAGAGUAUUCUCCGUCACUAUACAUUCUUCUCGGCAUUCGAUGUAUCUCCUUGCAGAUGUCUGCGCCGACUUGCGGUAACCGACUUUCAUUGCAAGGCGGGGACAAUCGAUUUGCUGAAGAGACUUCCUUCCCCACAAAUCCUGACCCAUUUUAAGUUCUCAUCGCUAUUUCAUGGAAAGAUAGAAGGGCGGCGGUAUGACACGUAUCAAGAACUCGACUGUUUACUUUCGUCUUCGACGUUCUCGAGCUUGGAGCGCUUUUAUUGUGUCUAUAGUCGCUUGGUGAAACGUGGACGGGAGGAUCGCAUUGUCGAGAGGCUGGCUACACUAUUCCCUAGGCUCGUGGCUCGUGGGGUGAUGCGGGUACACUUCGUGGUUGAGUCUGAGCUCCCACCGAUGUUCGAUGACCAUGGUAGUCGAAUCCCCCAAGGUCGUGACUCUACGAUCGGGGCUGCCAUUCAAAAGGGCGACGAGUUGGGGUAUCUUGAAGAUUUUGUCCCCACGCUCAACCUCACUCAAGCUGUCUAAUUAUAUAUAUACCUUUUCCGCAUUUCUGCGGUGGGUUCACAUUAGAUCCUGUAGACACUGCUUUCAUUUAUACGAUCGGCGAUCUUAUCUAACCUCAAUCUAAUCUAAUCUACCGAAUGCACUUUUUCCUCGAGUCAAAUCUUGGGAAGUCCUGUACUCGUCUUCACUCC